GCGUUCAGCUCCUCGUUCAGGAAAGCUUAGUAGCUCUUCUAACCCGAAACUUAAAGUUUGACUUCCUUCUACAGACACAGAACAACAGUGACAGAUAUGCCUCCAGUGGAAAUAAUGAACGAGAAUGUGGUUACUCGAGUGGCCAAGCUCCCGCUGGUGAGUUCCACCUAUGGUAUGGUGUCAGACUUGUACAGUAACACCAAAGACAACCAUCCAACCUUCAAGUCGGUGUGCGAGGCCGCAGAAAUGGGUGUAAAAACGCUCACUUCAGUUGCCUUUACCAGUGCCUUGCCAAUCAUUGGCAAACUGGAACCUCAAAUCUCUCGGGCUAAUGACCUCGCCUGUAAGAGUCUGGACAAAAUUGAGAACACCCUGCCAAUUCUUCGCCAGCCUUCUGGACAGCUUGUUAACAGUGCUAAAGACCGGGUCACUGAAACCAUGAACGGGGCCAAGGAGACCAUGUCUCACACCCUAAGUCAUGUGAUGGAGAGCGUGGAGAAGACAAAGAUGGUUGUCUCUGGUGGUGUUCACACAGUGAUGGAGAGCAAAAUGGCUAAGCUAGUGAGCAGCGGUGUGGACACUGCUCUGAGCACUUCAGAGAUUCUGGUAGAGCGCUAUCUGCCUGCAACUGAGGACAGUCAAGAACAUGAGAUAAAUGUGGCCAAAGGUUUUGAUGAUGAGGCCAAUGCUCCCAGCUACUAUGUGCGAUUGGGCUCAAUCUCUACCAAGCUGCGUCAGAGGGCAUACCAGAAGGCUAUCUACAAGGUUCAUGAUGCGAAGAAGAACAGCCAAGAGUAUGCCUCUCAGCUAAACCGUACCAUGGAUGUGAUUGCGUACACAAGAAAAAACAUUGAUGGUGCCAACCAGAAGGUGGUUGAAAAAUUGAGUACGUUAAUGGACUGGAAGUCUACAUCUCAGAGCGACAGUGACACGGACAAUAAGGCAGAGCUAAUCGAGUCCCGGACAUUGACCAUUGCUCGCAACCUGACGCAGCAGCUACAGACGACUUGUUUGACUCUCGUGUCCAACCUCCAGGGCCUGCCACAAAACAUCCAAGAGCAAACGCUGUCCAUUGGCCGCAUGGCCAUGGAAGUCUACACCAGGUUCAACAAUGCUGCAGCUCUGAGUGACCUGUCCGACACGGUGCUCAUAAACACGCGAGGUCAGCUGAAACGCAUAAGAGAUUCCAUUGACAAUGUCAUGGAUUAUAUGGUCAACAACACGCCACUCAACUGGCUGGUGGGUCCGUUUUACCCUCACACAGAACCGACUAGACAACCAAGAAGCCAGUCCAGUGAAGAGAACAGUGGAGAGCCUGAAGUGGAAAUGCAGUCACUAGAUCAGAAACAUUAGUCUACUAAUAUGAGGCCUUUGCUAUGCUUUCUGAAUUUCUGUUUAGCCUUUUUUUUAUCUUGAUGGGGGGGGAGUACAUUCAUUACUACAAAAUACUACUCAUUCUAUUUCUCCCUCUACAACUAUCUCUAUCAAUACUACUCAUUCUAUCUGUCUUCUACCCAUGAAAUAAACAAUUUUGCAGUAUUACACUAUCAAAUAAUCAAUCAGAAAUGUACAACACAUGAAUGAGUUUUGUUGCAUAAUCAGCAUUAUAACUAUGAAGGUCUUUAUGUAAUAUAUUACUUUUGUACUGUCUUUCUACAUUUCUAAUAAAGUCAUAAUCAUAUAAACA